CUCUGCCCAUGCUCAGAGACCCUCGCGCCGCCCUGGAGGAGGCCUCGGAGCCGUCCCGCCUUCUCUGCCGCCGCCGCCGCCGCCUCUGCUUACCUCUCUCUGGAGCCGCCGCAGCGCCGCCGUCCGGACUCGGCUGGCUCAGCGCGAGGCCUGGGGCCAAAAGCCGGGGGCUCGCGUGAGGCCCCCCCUCCCGACCAUGGAGCGCUUCGGGCCGCCGUUCAUUUACGACGAUGCCGGGGAUGCGACCGGAGGAGUAGGCCUCGCGGGCUACGGAGGCGGAGGAGGAGGCGGUGGAGGCGACCGGACAGCCCGACAGCAAGCCCGGCAUUAUCAACUCCUCUCCGAGUUGCAGACCCUGGUCAAGGCUCUGCCUAGCUCCUGCCAGCAGCGGCUGUCCUACACCAUCCUCAGCGACCUGGCCUUGGCGCUCAUUGAUGGGACGGUCUUUGAGAUCGUGCAAGGUUUGCUGGAGAUCCAGCACUUGACGGAGCGCAACCUCUACAACCAGCGGCUCACGCUGCACAGCGAGCACCGAGCCCUGAAGCAGGAGAUGCUGCACAAGCACAAGGAUGCCCAGCAGUGUUGCAAGCCUCACAACCUGCCCUUGCUCAAAGCCGCACAGCAGAGGGAGCUUCAGGCCAUGGAGCAGCGCAUCCACGACGAGCAGCUGAUGAUGGACAAGAAGAUCGUCUUGGAGCUGGACCAAAAAGUCGUGGACCAGCAGAGCACCCUGGAGAAGGCGGGCGUCUCCGGGUUUUACAUCACCACCAACCCACAGGAACUGACGCUCCAGAUGAAUCUGCUGGAGCUCAUUCGGAAGCUGCAGCAGAAGGAGGCGCAGCCGAGGAAGCCUUUCCCUUGAGGAGGCCCUAGAGCCGGGUCCGAGCCACCUUGCAAGAGGGACAGGCUUGGUUUUCUAUUUCGAAGGAAAGGGGAACGAGAGAGAGAAGGCGGGCCGAGACAGGAAGUGCUUUUCAACAUCCACGAUUCGUACCCAAAGCCUCCAAACUCGAGCUUGACUUCUCCGAUUUCUCAAUUUGAUCUGAGCUUGAGUCUGGGCUUUGCAGUCCCAACAUUGCUCAAGGUUUAUUUCAAAGCAUUUGUUUUUGAAACAGGGUAAAAACAUGUAAUAAAAUGGACCGAAUGGCUUCAAUUCGGGGAAAAUA